AUGAGUUCUAUAAAGCUGCUAUCAUUCCCUUUGCUGGUAUUCUCAGAAAUCGUUCGUUCGAUGGGAUUUGUGGAGAUUAGCAAGGAUGCAACUCAACAGAUUAUUCAGUGUAAUUCCAAUCAAUUCGGGUACGGUCUUGUUCAUAUAUUGACACAUUUAGACAAGAUAUUCUAUCGAAUGGAUAUUGCACUUGGAAUUCAACUGAAUACACUGAGGGCUAUGAGAGAGAUACUGUGCCAUCCCAUUUUUAGAAAAUGUUAUUAUAUGCAGUUUCGUGGGGAAAACGAGACAUUGUCGAAUGAGGACUGUGAAUAUCUAUUGCAGAAGACUCAACCAAAGUUUGGAAUCACUAUAUUUUGCAAACUGAGUCCAGAUUUUAAUUACAAAAAGAUUCUUCACUUCCCCCGCAUUCGUGUUCCGAAUCUAGGAAAGAUGCCUUUGGAAGACUUGAAGGCGUUGGAUAGUGAAAUCGCGAAUCUGGGGAAUCAUCAGUUCACAGAAACUGAUAUCAAUGAAUUCCUUCAUCACUGGAUUGAGGGAAACAAUAGGAAAUUGAGACGACUGAAACUUGACGGAUUCAAAGAUACUCCAGAUUGGGAUAUCCUAUUGAAAGACAUUGUUUAUACGGAAUGGAAUCCAAAAGAGAGAGCAAGAUAUUACAAAUCUAAAUACACGCAUACAGAAGAAACUAUCGAUUGUGAGAAUGGAAAGGAUUUCAGAAACAAGGAUGGACAACUGGCUACUGUAGUCUAUCAUUCGGAAUUCUUGAAUUUUCUGGUUUGGCAGGAGAAGGCGCUAAAGUUAUCCCACCGAUUCAACCUGUGUUAA